CAGCAGCUCCAUCACUUGCUAGCUAGGAGUACUUCAGUUCCUCGCUCUAUAAAUUAGCUUCCCCCGAGCUCGCACCUUCAUCAUCAUGAGCUCCCAGCUGCUAAGCGAUCGAGUGAGAAGGUCAAGCAGCUAGCUAGCUAGCACAGCUAAGAUCAUACCGUGUUGACGACUGUGUGUGCGUGAAAGAAAGUGAAAGAGAGAACAAUGGGUGCUGCUACUGUGACCUCCUCGCCUCGGUCCAUGGUGGCUGUUGCCUUCUUGGCGGCAGCUACUACGUUCUUGUUGGCAGCAGCCACGGCGGCGCCCGUGCCGGCGAUCUACGUGUUCGGCGACUCCCUCGCGGACGUCGGCAACAACAACCACCUGCCGACGCUCCUCAGGGCGGACUUCCCGCACAACGGCAUCGACUACCCGGGGAGGAAGGCCACCGGCCGAUUCAGCAACGGCAAGAACUCCGUCGACUUCCUCGCCGACAGCCUUGGGCUGGCAUCCCCACCGCCAUACCUCGCCCUGUCCAGAAGCAACGCAAACUACGCAAAUGGCGUCAACUUCGCUUCCGGUGGUGCAGGAGUCUCAAACGCCACCAACAAGGGCCAAUGCAUCAGCUUUGACAAGCAGAUCGACUACUUCUCGUCGGUGAACGCGUCCCUGGCACAGAGCCUUGGCCAGGCGCAGACCACGGCGCACCUGGCCAAGUCCCUCUUCGCCAUCACCAUCGGCAGCAACGACAUCAUCCACUACGCCAAGUCCAGCUCCGCCGCCGCCGGCAACAACCAGCCGUUCGUGGACGCCCUGAUCCAGACGCUCACGGGGCAGCUGCAGCGGCUCUACGACCUGGGUGCGCGCAAGCUGGUAUUCCUGGGCACGGGCCCCGUGGGCUGUUGCCCGUCGCUCCGGGAGCUGAGCGCCGCCAAGGACUGCAGCGCCGUGGCCAACGACGCCUCCGUCCGGUACAACGCCGCCGCGGCGUCGCUCCUGGGCGGCAUGGUGGCGCGCCACCCGGACAUGCGCUACGCGCUCUUCGACUCCUCCGCCGCGCUGCUCCCGUUCAUCAACACGCCCGCGGCGUACGGAUUCGCCGAGGCCAAGGCGGCGUGCUGCGGGCUCGGCGACAUGAACGCCAAGAUCGGGUGCACCCCGCUGAGCUUCUAUUGCGCCAACAGGACGAGCCACGUCUUCUGGGACUUCUACCACCCCACGGAGGCCACUGCGCGGAAGCUCAGCAGCACGGCGUUCGACGGGUCGGCGCCGCUCAUCUUCCCCAUGAACAUUAGGCAGCUCAGUGCUUUAUAGUCCACCUGCAGUAGUCAGAGAUUCAGAGUCGUCCACGUAUAUGUUGUGUAUAGAGUAUAGACUAUAUUGUGGCCUUGGACAUGCUAGAAGAAAAAAGAAAACUAGAUACAUGUAAAUUUUAGCUGAAAUGUAAUUGCCCAUCAAAGAAAAGAAAAAAAGAAAAGUUGAUUUACAGUCAAUUAUAUACGCUACAGUUAUUUGACAAAGUACCUUCAU